UUUUUUUUAUUUAUUAAAGAAGGUUCCAGCUUCAACAUACUGAAACUUUAUGAAAAAAUAACCCAAAAUAUCGGAGCUAUGAUUUUUACAAUCCGAUAAACACAUUGAGUGAUAUUUCGGCCUUACAGUCAUUGGUCUAAUUUUUGAUGUUUUUUUUUGAAAAUCUGGGAAACCUGGAGGAACCAAUAAUUUUUUUAUUUAUGAAAGAAGCUUCCAGCUUCAACAUACUAAAAUUUUAUGGAAAAAUAGCCGGAUGAGAGAGCUAUGAUUUUUAAAAUCCAAUAAACACACUUAGUGAUAUUUCUGCCUUAAAGUCAAUGGUCUAAUUCUUGAUUUUUUUUUCCGAAAAUCAAGGAAACCUGGAGGAACCAAUAAUUUUUUUAUUUAUCAAAGAAGCUUUCAGCUUCAAUAUCCCAAAGUUUUAUGGAAAAAUAGCCCAUGAUAACAGAGCUAUGAUUUUUAAAAUUCGAUAAACACACUUAGUGAUAUUUCUGCCUUAGAGUCAAUGAUUUAAUUCUUAAUUUUUUUUCCGGAAAUCUGGGAAACUUGGAGGAACCAAAUAUUUUUUAAUUUAAUAAGGAAGCUUCCAGCUUCAACAUACUAAAAUUUUAUGGAAAAAUAGCUCAACAUAACGGAGUUGUUAUGAUUUUUAUAAUCCGAUAAAAACACUUAGUGAUAUUUCUGCCUUAGAGUCAGUGGCCUAAUUUUUUAUAUUUUUUUCUGGAAAUCUGGGAAACCAAAAAAAAAUAUAUAUUUUUUUAUUCAUUAAAGGAGCUUUCCAGCUUCAACAUACUAAAAUUUUAUGGAAAAAUAGCCCAAAAUAUCGGAGCUAUGAUUUUUACAAUCCGAUAAAACACACUGAGUGAUAUUUCUGCCUUAGAGUCAGUGUUCUAAUUCUUGAUUUUUUUCCGGAAAUCUGGGAAACCUGGAGGAACCAGAUAUUUUUUUAUUUAUUAAAACUAAAAUUUUAUGGACAAAUGGCCCAACAUAACGGAGCUAUGAUUUUUACAAUCCAAUAGAAACACUUAUUAGUGAUAUUUCUGCCUUACAUAUAGUCAAUGGUCUAAUUUUUGACUUUUUUUCUGGUAAUCUGGAUGAAACGGAACUUGAGACUCAUACGUAUUGAAUAAUGGUGUGAUUAUGUUUCCAUCACAAAAAUGGAAAUUAAAGAAAAAAAUACAUAAAUAACAUCAAUUUUCUAUUCCAACCCAGAAUUUUAAGUUUAUGUAUACUUAGUGGAAGAACAAAGAAGACGACAAAAACUCAACGAGCCAGGAAUGGACAAAAAUUGAUACAAAAAAAUUGAAAAAUGAAGGAGAUAAUUGAAGAGAAAUUGGUAGACAUGAGUAGAAAUAUCUCUUGCAUUAUUCUUUUAUUUGGGAAAUAUUGAAAGAAACAAAAAUUCAAGAGCCGAGAAUAGACAAAAGUUGAGACAUGAUGAAGGAGUUGAAAUUAAAGAAAAAAAAAAAUAGUAAAAAAACAUAAAUUUACUUCCAGGCUCUUGAAUGUUCAUUAGUAUUCUCAACCUAGAAUUCUGAGUUUAUAUUUAGAGAAAACAACAAGAAGAUAAGAUAUCUCAGGAGCCAGGAAUAGACAAAAAUUGAGCCAAAAAAAGUAGGUAGUAAAAUGAAAGAGAAAAUUUAAGAAAAAUUGGUAGGCAAGUAGAAAUAUCUCUCGUAUUUGUGAAUGGAAGAGUAGUCAGAAAAGUUUCAAUUGCAAUUCUUUGAGAAAUGGUGAAACUGAGGCAGCUUUCCACUAAUUUCACGAAUUAACAAGAGUUCGGUAUUCUGUCAGAAAUCAGAUCAAAACAUCCAUUUGGCAACAUCGUUAUUGGGCACGCGCAAAACGCACAAAAAGUCAUCUGUUCCCUGUAGAAUUUGUAUUGUAAACUUUUGUAAUCAAAAAUUUGUUUAUUUUGACCUUUUUGAAACAAUUUUAUGGAGUUUGCCCUUAGAAAACAUUUUCCGACUUAGUUCAUCUUGUGAGAAUUAGGUUUUUCGUAAAGGACAACGAAAAUGGAACCGAACAAUUUGGAGGGUCCCAUGGAAAGGCGAGCAAGGCUCGGGGCAAGCACACUCACAUUAACAAGAUGUGCCAGCCAGAACUCUUUGGACGAAAGUUCCCAAAAGCAAAUUCCACAAGAAUGCUCAUAUAGAGAAAGGAGUCCUUAUAAGAAUCUCUUACACACUCAAAAGGCUUUUGAAAUAAUGAAUAACAUGAGAAAACAAAAGCUCUUAUGUGAUGUAACUCUGGUGGCUAACUCAGUAGAAAUUCCAGCUCACAAAAUGGUACUGGCAGCAUGCUCUCCUUAUUUCUAUGCAAUGUUUUUAAGCUUCGAAGAAAGCAGACAGGAUAGAAUAGUAAUCCAGGAAGUUGACCAUUUUGCUCUCGAGCUACUAGUAGAAUACUCAUACACUUCAGAGAUACAAGUAACAGAAGAAAAUGUACAAGUGUUACUACCUGCAGCUCAUUUGCUUCAACUCACUGAUGUCAGAGAUGCCUGUUGCGAUUUUCUUCAAGCUCAACUACAUCCUACAAAUUGUUUGGGUAUAAGAGCAUUUGCUGAUCUACAUGGAUGCUUGGAAUUGCUUAAUAAUGCUGAAAAUUAUGUCGAAUUGAAUUUUCCGGAAGUAGUUGAAUGUGAAGAAUUUUUGACUUUAUCUCAACAGCAAGUAUCCAAGCUUAUUAGUAGUGACAGAUUAACUGUUCCUUCUGAAGAAAAGGUUUUCGAAUGUGUAAUUGCCUGGGUACAUCAUGACACAGAAACUCGCCAGAAACAUUUAGCUUCCUUAAUGGAACAUGUCAGGCUUCCACUAAUGUCCCAAGAUUACCUUGUACAAAGAGUAGAAGAAGAGCCCUUGCUCAAAGCAGACCUACAAUGCAAAGAUUACUACAUUGAAGCACUCAAAUUCCAUUUGCUAAAAGGAGAUACUAAAACUACUUUCAGAACACCAAGGACAAAACCUAGACAACCUGUUGGACUUCCUAAACUUCUUCUUGUAGUGGGUGGUCAGGCACCAAAGGCUAUCAGAAGCGUCGAAUGUUACGAUUUCAAAGAGGAAAGAUGGUAUCAAGCAGCUGAAAUGCCUACUAGACGAUGUCGCGCUGGUUUGGCUGUGGUUGGACGCAGAGUUUAUGCUGUUGGUGGUUUUAAUGGUUCACUUAGAGUCAAAACUGUGGACAUUUACGAAGCCGGGCCUGAGAUUUGGUCUAGUUGUGAAUCCAUGGAAGCGAGACGAUCUACAUUGGGGGUUGCGGUGUUGAAUAAUAAGAUUUAUGCUGUUGGCGGAUUUGAUGGGUCUACUGGACUAAAUACAGCGGAGGUUUUUGAUUUGGGUCCACAAAGAUGGAGAGCGAUUGCCUCCAUGUCCACUAGACGUAGUAGUGUUGGAGUGGGAGUACUCAAUAAUCUUGUGUUUGCUGUUGGUGGAUAUGAUGGUGCUUCAAGACAAUGCCUAAGUUCAGUGGAGUGCUAUAACCCAGAAAAUGACACUUGGAGUCCAGUGCCGGAUAUGUGUUUCAGACGAAGUGGAGCAGGUGUUGGUGUUCUUGACGGAAUCCUAUACGCUGUGGGCGGUCACGAUGGUCCACUAGUCCGAAAAUCAGUCGAAGCCUACGACCCAACAAAAGAACAAUGGUCCCCUAUAAGCGACAUGGCCUUAUGUCGACGCAACGCUGGAGUUGUGGCCUUAAGCGGCCUUCUCUACGUAGUAGGAGGUGACGAUGGUUGCAGCAACUUGUCAUCAGUAGAAGUUUAUAAUCCUAAAACAGAUUGCUGGUCGAUGUUGCCUAGUCGCAUGAGUAUCGGACGCAGUUACGCUGGCGUAGCUGUAAUCGAUAAGUCCAUUUGAAAAUCGGAUUCUGUUGGCGGUGGGACUCAUUCUACUGGUUCAAUGAACAGGUAUGCCAAUUGUGAUGAAACUAGUAGUGUAGAAGGUGCUGUAGGUUACGACGUGCGCCCUCCUUCGAUUUCAUCUACAGCUGCAGUUCAAGAAAACAUUUAUGAACCAAUUUGUCCAGAACCUGACGCCAACAGAAGCCUCAAUCAAGAAAAUAUUUAUGAAACUAUUGAGGAUAUGCAGCACCAACAAAAUUUACGCUUGCAACCGAGUACAUCCAAUGACCAGGACUUGAGUGAACCAAUCUACGAUCCGAAUUUACCAAGUUGCAGCAACAGCACCUAUGGUAGAAUUGGAAACACUUAUGGCAGAAUAGAUAUAAUUGGUCACGGUAUCGGUCGCAUUGAGCGCCAUUUAUCCUCUUCUUGUGGAAGCAUCAAUAGUAAUCAUUACGGUAUCGAGAGUCUUUAUGGGACUUCUGACCACACAGGAAGAAUUAGUAAGGUUUCGAUGAAAUGGCUUUUGGCUAACAAAUGGUUACCGUUGUGGAUAGCCAAUACGGAAACUGGCAAGGAUUAUAGGAUAAUUGAUUUUUUGAUAGCUCAAGGGUUAGAACAGAUGCAGGAAGCUGAAGGGGAGAACGAAAGUGCUCCAGGUGAAGAACGAAAUCCUCCAGAACCUCCAAAUUCAGGCACUUAGAAGUAAGUGAUCUUAUGGAUUAUUAACUUUGUUGCCAAAUCUAUUCUUAGUUUUUUACUGGCUAUAAAUUAAUCAGUCUCUUGUUGUCGUUUCACUCAAUAAUGUAGACUCUUCUUCACUUAUCAUUAGUUUUAAAGUUAGCUAAUUGAAUUAGUGUUAAGUUUUAGCGAAAAUUUAUAGUUAGAGGAAUGCGGUGGUCAAUUCAAAAGUUCCUAAAGAAUAUUUUGAGUUUACUAAAGAGUCAUUCUAGCCUUUGUUUUUUUUUUACCAUUUUCAUCAAGGAAAGUUUAUGAUGAGUAUGAGUGUUGCUUAGGAUAAUUAUUCUAAAAAUGUGAUGGUAAUUUUAGUUACUUUAAAUUGACUUGGAAUCUAUAAAGACAAUAUUUUGUACUAUAUAGUAUUCAAUCUUUGAAAAUUUCUUCUUUAAAAGAUUUUUGGCCUAAGCUUGACAUAAUAUGAUGGGGCCUCCCUUGUACCUAAAUGUGAUUUUAGAAUUUAGAUUAGGAAUAUUUUUCGCAAAAUUGUGAUUUUGCUUCACUUCGCACACACGCCCACACAAAAAUAGAAAACGUGAAUCUGUAAGCUCGAAUCUGUUACUUAUAGUCUUUAGGUUUAUUUAUAUAUCGAAUUAUUUGCCAAAAAAAUAAAUACUUUUAUGAUGUUAA